GGAGAGAGGGUGGGAGGAGAGGAGAAAGAGGGGACUGGAGGAGAGGAAAAAUGGAUGGAGAGAGUUAAAGGAUUUGAGACACUGCGAGAGAUGACAGAAGUAGAGGAGGGGCAGGAAAGGAGGAAGAUAGAGGGAGAGGAGCAGAGAGAGAGGAUGGAAGUAGAGGAGGAGGAGCAGGGACAGAAAGAUGCAAUGAAAGGAGAGGAGGGGACUACAAUAGACCCACACCUCAAUGCAGACCCGGCUACUCAGAACCCUCCCUCAGAACCCCCCAUAAACAUCCAGAGACCAUCAGACCGUCCCAUAGAGCAAUCCCCAGACCUCCCCCACGUGGACCAAGAGGACUUCUGUGAGAACAUGUUCAAUCAGUCUGACAACCAAUCAGUCUUGUCCAGUCUCUCCUCUCAGUCUCCCCCUGCCUCACCCUUCCUCACCCUUUCAUCUGACCUCCCCCCUCCUCUCCUGCCUGUUAGCCCUUCCCACCCAAAGACCCUCAGCCUAUCACAGAGCUGCCCUGAGACCUUCAGCCUAUCGGAGCGCAAGCCUUGGUCACAGAGGGUCUGGCCAGAGGGUGGGAGGCGUGUCUUAACUCACCUGGUGGAGGGCUUCAUCAUACAGGAGGGGCAGCAGGCGUUCCCGGUGAACCGCUCGUCUCUGUUUUUGGGAGGGCAGGAGGCUAUCUCCCAGAAUGGGAACAGAGAGGGGGCUGAGUUAUUACCGUUGACAGACACACCAGAGCCACCGGAAUAUUCCAGCGAAUCAGAACAAGAGCGCAUGGCUACAAGUGACAAGCUCACAGGUCCCAGAGAGAGACAGAGGGGAGUGUUACAUUGCGAGUCUUGUGGGAAGAGAGGCCACGCCCACUCCUUCCACCGCUCCAAGCGAUACUGCUCCACUUCCUGUGCCCGCAGGUAUAAUGUAGGGCUGUCCAAGCGUCUGCGUGCCCUGAGUGCUGGCAGCCACCUAGAGGGGCGGCGCUCUGAGAUUAACAAGGUGGAGUCUGUGCCUGGGAAGCCUCUCCUACUGCGACUGCCCCGUGAAAUAUGGAGCGCCCAUAGCCGUGACAACGAAGAGGAGGAGGGGCAUGCUGUUCCCACAACGACCAGGCUGGAGCGCCGAGCGGCACGGAGGGCGAGGAGAGCCUCAGAGCCAGCGAUGACCCCUAGUAACCCCACUGUGACCUCUAGUGACCCCCUACCUGCACAGUGGAGCGUCGAGCAAGUCUGGGACUUCAUACACAAACUGCCAGGUUGUGUCGAGGUUGCGGAGGCGUUCCGUGUUCAGGAGAUAGACGGCCAGGCCCUGCUGCUGCUCACUGAGGACCACCUGAUGACCAGCAUGAACAUCAAACUGGGACCAGCUCUCAAGAUCUGUGCCCACAUCAACACACUCAGACACAGAUAGAGAGGGAGGAGGAGAGAUGAGUGAAGGAGGUGAGGUGGGAGGAGGAGAGAUGAGAGGAGGAGAGAUGAGAGAAGGAGGUGAGGUGGGUGGGUGGGAGGAAGAGAAGAGAAGAUGGAGACAGAAAAAAGUUAGAGGGGUGGGUGUGGAAAAAGAUAGGGAAAAGAGUGAUUGAUAGAUGGGGAAGAGAGUGGGAUGAGAGAGAGGGGGGAGAAAAAAAGGACAGCGAAGAUGAGAGAUAAAGAGAUUCAUUCAAGAGAUGAAGAGCUAAGAGCGAAUCAGUGAGAGAGGAGAGGGACGUUUUCUAUUCUAUUGUGUCUGUGUACAUAUCUUACAAUGCCGUCUAUUGGGUGUAACAAACAAUUUCAUUAAGGAUUUGUAAUAUACAGUAUCAUGUAUUUGUGUAUUUGGUUAUUAUUUUAAAAUGUGGUAUCACAUGUAAAUUGUAAAAUACUUGUUGAUUUUACACAAUUGAUACACAGACAUUUUUUAAAUAACUUUGUGGAAUUUAAUGUCUUAACUAAAUAAAUGAUUAUGUUUUUAUAUAUAAUCUCUUCUGAGGAAAAAGUUAGAUCUUAUUUGACUCAUAACCAUGUCAAUUUUGUCAGAUGUCAUAAUGUUUUCUUUUAUUCUUAAAACUCAGUAAUAAAUCAAAUUAAUUUAUGAACAUUGUUUUUCUGCCUAGGUAUUGGUAUUAUGAUAUUUGGUAGUCAUCGAAAUGACCCAUCUCACUACUAACUCCUGCCACCAGAUGGAGGUGAGGGGUCACGUUUACUAGUAGAGAGACGGCAGCUGCAAUAUUCUCUCAACUCAUGGAAACAAUGAUCAAGGAAAAUUCUAUAUGAAUUACAUAAAAAACAAUGUAUCAUAUUUAUAUUGCUAUCACUGAUGCUUCUCUGCAGCACAAUGUCUAAGUUCAUACAUGAAAACCAUUAUAAAGCAGCACAGACCUAUUAUUGCUGAAUCAAUCCGUGUUUAUGCCAAACCAAUCAGGAACCAGUGGCAAUUUCAACACUGCUGAAAUGUUUAUAACAGAUUAGCUGUCUCUUCUUGAAAAACGUGGAAAAAAUUAUUUCACCUUUAAUUCCUAUUACUAACACCUCAAAUAAGAACUAAUAGAUGGUUUUUUUUCAACUUGAUGGUUUUUUUUAAAUAAAAGAGUACUACCAGGCGGUUGAGAAGUCAAAAGGUCAUACCAGCAUGCCAUAUUAGAAUGGCAAUUUGCAUAGCAUUUUUUACUCAUUAGAACAAUAUUGCAAAAAUGACUUUAGGUCUGCUUCAAUGGCUUUUUAUAGGUAGGUAAGCAUUGUUAAAUAAGGACUGAUGUUUAGCAAAUUAGGGUAAUUUUGUAUGUCCGAACAUAUUAAAUUAUCCGCUAUUUCUAUGUUUCCAGUUCGAACAGUUUUGUGUUUG